UGUGUUACACCAGUGUAUAAGUGCUCUCAUCCCAUGUUGUAUGGGCUCGAUCAGCUGGGCUACCAGACGGCCUUUGGAGGCUCCUGCUAUGAGUUUGUGGAUCUCCAGCAUACUUUUUUCAAUGCGCAGGCUUGGUGCGAGCAGCGUGAUGGACACCUUGCUUUUAUCCCAGAUAAAGAAACUCAACAUUUCAUUCAAACACUCAUGGACCCCAAGAGGGAUGUCUGGCUUGGAGUAGCGCCCUCCACCUCUCCAAACCUGCAAUAUUCUUCAACUGUUGAAGGUGCUCUCUCUUGGCUGGAUGGUUCUCAUCUAACCUAUUCAAACUGGGUGAGCAGCCCACAGCCAGGAGAAGAGUGUGGACACAUACUGAGAGACUCAGGCUUCCAAUGGGAAGCCACAAGACACUGCAACAAAAAACUGCACUUUAUCUGCCAGUUUGACUCUGGCAGAUCCAUUGUGUGUGCAGGUCGUAACACCACUCUACAGUGCGGCUCUGGUCAAGUCCUAAUGAUAGAUCGCAGCUUCUAUGGUCGUAAGAACCUUCAUUACUGUCGAUCCACUUUCUCCCCUCCAACAACAACCACAGAGCACAAGUGUGGCUGGGUGGAUGUUGUUGAAACAUUAACAGCUCACUGCAGUGGCCGCCAGAUUUGCCAGAUUGCUCCAGUUGUGGACUCCUUUGUUGAACCCUGUCCUCAGCUGGGGAGCUACCUGUCUGUGGACUACCACUGCAAAGAUGGGCUCUCACUGUCAGUGGGCACUGUGGCUGCUGUUUAUGAUGACGUCACCAUCAACGUGGAAUGGCUUUUACAUUUACAGCAAGGUAACCCCAGCUGCAAGCUGAGUACCGGAGAUGGCCAUGUUAUUUAUCUGCUUAGUCCACAGGGGUUGGAGAGCAGCGUGGUGCACAGAUAUACCCAUCCAAGCACAUUUGUUGUGGUCGUCGAAUGCAUCACCAGAGACGUGCACAUUACAACUCAGAAAAUAAUAACCAUUCAAGAGCCCAUUAUAGAGUUUGGUGUAAUCAGGUGCUAUGCUGGGAAACUGUCUUUCCAUGCAACCGACUGCAAAGCCCUUUGGGGAGAGCCAUUCCAAAUUCAAAUUGAAGUAAAGGCAGGUACAAAUGUGACCUACAGAGUCCAGAGUGAUGACAUGUUGUUGUCGGGUUUAUCUGUGUUGAGAGGAAAUAUUCCCCAGAACAUCACAGUGACUCCACAAAUGAUGACGCAGCGUGGGCCUGGCUGCCACCAGCUGACCCUUUAUGCAUCUAACAUGGUCACAUUCCCUGAAGUGUCCGCACACUUGCAGAUGUGUGAGUUGGAGAAAGUAGCCAGGCUUGAGGCCACUGUGUUGACAGAGAAGGAUGAUUGUCCAGACUCUCCAGAUAUUACAGUUGGUGUUUACCUUGAACAAGGAGCACCUGUGCUGCUCCUUUUCUCACUGUCUGGAGACAACAGCUCGUACUCAGAGACCAGGGAAAUGAACACAAGCAAGGAAAUCUUUCAAAUUGGACACCCUAUUCAAGGUUCUGUUCAAAUGAAAGUAAGAGCAUGGAAUGUCUUCUCCUCUUUGGAAGUGGAUGUGGAUAUGUUUGCUUUCUGUGGCAAGGAUUCACUCUCAAAUGGUCAUGAUGACCAUUUUUUGAGACCGGGAAAGAAACCAAUUAGAGUUGUCAGAUCUCCAAUGAAAGCCAUUGCAACACCUUCAUAUUCUGUACCUACCAAAGAUAUAACGAUCACGCUUUCAAUAAGCGAUGCAGCCAAACUAAAUGACCCGAAGAAACGAUACGAGUGGGCAUGCCGGCAUCCCUGUCGAUGCCAGGGAAAUUUUGAGGGACUGACUUAUGACAUUACAGAACGUUGCCUACCAGAUCCUCUUCAAUAUUUUAAGUACCAUUUUAAUGUGAUAAAUAAAGACAAUAAUAAAGUGGAAAAAACGGAAUCCAUAUGCAUCACCCUCAACCCUCAGAAGAACGUGCCAACUUGGCUAAGUCUCACUUGCACUGAAGGCUGUAACCCAAUCAAGAAGAACAAGGAUGCAAAAAUUACAAUGGAUUGUAAAGGACAACAGUGUCCACAGAUUGUGUGGAACAUUGAGGACCUACGUGACGACAAAAACUGGCCAGGAGAUAUAGAAAAAGACUGCUAUAAAAUGGAAAAGAAAAGGCCACUCGUACUGAAAACGCAUGGUGGGACUGAAUACACUGUGUCUAAUUGGAUUCUUGAGGCAGCCAAAUCUAAAGGUCUGGAUGUCACUGUGGUGAUAACGUCAGCGGAUGUUGUACCACUUUACCACAAAUACAUCAUAAAGACAUCGUCAUCUACUGAGAAGAAAAAAGACAGUAAGGAAGAAGACAGCAAGGAAAAAGACAGCAAGGAAAUAGGCAGUAAGGAAGAAGACAGUAAGGAAAAAGACAGCAAGGAAAUAGGCAGUAAAGAGGAAGCUAGUAAGGAAGAGGACAGUAAGGAAAAAGACAGCAAGGAAAAAGACAGUAUAGAGGAAGAUAGUAAGGAAGAGGACAGUAAGGAGGAAGACGGUAAGGAAGAGGACAGUCCCGAAGAAACCACCACUGGUCCUGCCUCUACAUCACCUGGCACUAUUACUGACAUCACUGCCACACCUACUACCACAGACACUGGUGAUACAUCUCCACCAGUCACCACCAACAAUUUUGACAGCCUUAAGUGUAGCAUAUCACCACAGAGGGGAACAAUCCUUGAUGCUUUCGAUAUAACUUGCAAUACUGAAGUUCCUUGUUCUGACUGUCAGUAUUGUUUUAAGACUGAUGAAGGUAAGCAUCUGCGCUGCAGCAACAACAAUGAAGUGAAGGCUGUCUUCCUCCCUCUUGGAGACAGCAGCUCCAGCUACAAGCUGAAUAUCAAAGCAACUGCAAACAAUGGCAGCUUUGUAGCUAGCACCACUGUCACUGCAGAGGUGCUGGAUUACACAGCGGUAUCUAGCUCCUCGGUAGAUGAUCUUAAGGCUUCAGUGGAGAAUGCUUUGGUUCAGCUAAAGGAGCACGGUGUACUGUCAGGAGCAACUGUGGGACAAAUCUUCAGUUCUGUGGCCAAUAAACUGAAUGCCCAAUCUGAUGAAUCGAAACAAGCUGACAGGCAAAAGCUUCGUGAGAAGAUGCUGGACAUAAUGAAUAACAUAGUAAAAGCAGCUCCCAUCAACACUCCAGAUGAAGUUCAAGCAACCACCAGAGGACUUACUGCUGUUGUCCAGAAAGGCACUGAACUCAGCACCUCUGCUCAGGAAGAGGCUUCGUUAUUGUUUGCAGCCCUCAGCUCAUCCCUCCUCCACAUGAACAUUACCAAUAGCGAAGAAAAUAUCAAUGAAAUACACACUGCAGCCAGCACCAUUGUGGAAGGAAUAAGCAAUAUCCUGCACUAUUCUUCAAGUAGGAAUGUCUCUGAUGCCCUUCUCCUUGCCCUGAGCAAUACACAGAGUGCACUGUUAGCAUUUAAAGAUGUGCACCAGAGGCCAACUAUCAUCCAACAAGCUCAUAUUGGUGUGUUUGUUCAUAGAGUGACACCUGGAAGUUUGCACACAGAGUCUAUAAAUAUUCCCAACAGUUCCAGCCCAUCAUUUUCUCUCCCAAAACUACCCCCUGAUGUGUUACCUUCAGAUGAACCAGUGGAUAUAAGGAUGCUGAGCGUAGACAAAAACCCAUUUUCCUGGAAUGAGAGAGGAAACAUCAGCGGCCAAAUAGGUGCUCUAUCCCUCACAACAACUGAUGGCUCCGAUAUCCCUGUGGAGAACUUGAGUGAGGAUGUCAAGAUUCUGUUGCCGAGACUUGUUGGAGAGCAGGUGAACACCUCGGUUUUGGACCUGGGAAACUAUAGCACAACCACCAUAGACAUUCCUGUAGCUGACAAUACAUUGGUGUUAAAGAUGGUGCCUUCAAAUGAUCCUUUACCCUUCAAACUGCUCCUGGGUUAUAUGGCCUACCCUACUGAAACCAAUUAUGUUGCAAUGACAGAGAUGCCUCAUCAGGGAGCAACACCAGAGGAGAGAUACACUUGGCUGCUAGACCCUAAAGAUUUAAAGGGAAACACUGGAAUGCACUAUCUUGUAGUGAGGCCCAUUGUAGGCCCAGGUAUAAAAUCCAUCAAUGCCAGUUUAACAAUGACCUCGAUCACUACAGCAUGCAAAUUUUGGAAUGAGUCAAAAUUGGAUUGGAGCAGUUAUGGAUGCAGGGUCGGUGUAGAGACCACACAUUUAGUCACAGUGUGCCUCUGCAACCACCUCACCUUCUUCGGAAGCUCUUUCUUCGUCACUCCCAACCUUGUGGAUCCAUCACGCACUGCUGAGCUGUUUGCGACUUUUGCUGAGAAUCCUGUGGUUGUCUGCUUUGUGGGGUCUCUCUUUGUGGCCUAUCUCUUGGUGGUUGUGUGGGCACGAAGAAAAGACAUUCAAGACAUGGCCAAGGUCAAGGUGACUGUGCUGGAGGACAAUGAUCCCAUGGAUGAGUAUCGCUACCUGUUGAGUGUCAGCACUGGGCACCGGGGAGGAGCCUCCACUUCCUCUCAGGUGACAAUCACUCUGCUGGGUGCAGAGGGAAACAGUGAACCACAUCAUCUGACAGAUCCAAAGAAACGUGUGUUUGAGAGAGGAGCAGUGGAUGUGUUCCUGCUAGCUACACCCUUCUCCCUGGGAGAUCUGCAGGGCAUCAGACUGUGGCAUGACAACUCAGGGAGCCAUCCCUCCUGGUAUGUAGGCAACAUUGUGGUACAGGACCUACAGACGGAACAGAAAUGGCAUUUUCUAUGCAACUCCUGGCUGGCGAUAGACUUGGGCGAUUGUUCCCUUGAUAAAGUUUUUCCUGGUUCGACAGAGGUGGAUUUGAAGAGGUUCAGUAACUUGUUCUUCAUGAAGACUUCAAAGGAUUUCAGCGACGGACACCUCUGGUACUCUGUGAUCAGUCGACCACCGAGCAGCACCUUCACUUGUGUUCAGAGAGUUUCCUGUUGCUUCAGCCUGCUGCUCUGUACCAUGCUGACCAGCAUCAUGUUUUAUGGCAUCCCAACAGAUCCCUCUGAGCAGACCAUGGAUCUGGGUCACUUUGAGUUUAGCUGGCAACAGUUCAUGAUUGGAGUUCAGAGUUCUCUCAUCAUGUUUCCUGUGAAUAUCCUUAUUGUCAGCAUCUUCAGAAACACUCGUCCUCGGGAGACGUCUUGUUGCAAGCACAAAACAGAAAAACCAGAUACUAUAGAGCAGACUUCCUUCUCACAGGCUACCACCAACAACAUGAAUGUCAGUGUCACUUUAGACUCUGUCAUUAAGGAUAUCACAAGAAUCGCCCAUUCACUGUCUAAGACCGUAAAAAGCAAUGUACCAUGCACAGAGUUCAAGUUUGGGCCUGGACAACAAGUGGAUAUCAAUGCUGUCCUUUCUGUGGUGGAGGAUUUCAUCAAACAGAAUAACAAAACCAGCGACACCACCCAGACCAAAACUCAGAGCUUCUGCAACCCCGUUCAGCCUCAGCUGCCAGAGGCCAGUGCAAGUAUGCAUCCUGGGUCAACAGUGGAGGGGAUUCAAAAGACGAGCAACAAAACCCAGUAUCUUUACCGGCAGCUGUGUCACAUUGACAAAGAGCUGAGCCUGCUGGGACCCUCCGGCUUCCCCACCCAACACAGCUACAGCCAGGCUCUGCAGCAGGUCCAGGGCAUGAAGGGCUCUCUUGAAGAUCGGUAUUCUUUCACUGCUCUCACUUGCAGGUUGAAUCCUGCAGAUAGCACGGAUGGUGACGGCAGUCAGAAGAAAAGGGUGUGCUGUCAUGGAGGGCUACCCUGGUGGUUUAUUUUUGUCGGCUGGCUGCUAGUGAUCGCAAGCAGUGUUGUAUCAGGAUAUUUCACAAUGCUUUAUGGGUUGAAAUUUGGGAAGGAACGCUCAGUGAGCUGGUUGGUGUCCAUGAUCAUCUCCUUUUUUCAGAGUAUCCUCAUCAUUCAGCCAUUGAAGGUGCUAUUACUUGCAGUCUUCUUUGCUCUUGUAAUAAAGAAAGUUGAUGAGGAAGAUUUUGAAAAUGUGGAGUAUGACAGAAAUCUAGGUGAGUGUAAGGAACAACAAAUGGUCAGAAAGAACAGUAAUCUCUAUAAGCCUCCGCCUCCUGCAGACAUUGAGAAAAUUUGAAGAAACAAGAUAAUGGAACAGAAAGCCUUUGCCCUCCUUAAAGAGAUUUUGACCUACAUGGGGUUUAUGUGGAUGUUGCUGCUGGUGGCGUAUGGCCAGAGAGAUCCCAAUGCUUUUUUCCUGAACCAGCACAUCCGGAACAGCUUCAGUAGAGGGAUCUCAGACAGCAUGAGUCUUGGAGAAGUGUUCACUUGGGCUAAUACAUCACUACUGAGUAACCUUUUUGGAGUUUAUCCAGGAUUUAUCACAGAUGGAAACUCCAAGCUAGUGGGUAAUGCCCGUCUUCGUCAGUUGAGAGUGCAGAAGGACUCCUGUGAGAUUGCAGACUCCAUGCUCCAGUUUGUGCCAGACUGUCAUGCUCCAUAUUCAUGGGAGGCAGAAGACAUGGGCUCCUAUGACCCUGGCUGGAACCACACUGUGAGGGAUAAUAUCUCUGCGAGCACUUCCAGCCCGUGGACGUACCAGAUGCAGGCUCAGCUCAGGGCUCAUCCUGUCUGGGGUAAAAUGGUGCUCUACAGGGGAGGUGGCUUUGUAGCAGAGCUUGGUCCAGAUUCACAAAAUGCAAGCAGCACCCUUGAGUAUCUAUUCAGAAACACGUGGCUGGAUAUAUACACAAGAGCCAUCAUUGUCGAGUUCACUGUUUAUAAUGCUAAUGUGAACCUCUUCUGCAUCGUCACACUCUUGCUGGAGACCACAGCUGUAGGGGCAUUUCAGUUCCACAUUGAGCUACAGAGUGUUCGUCUCUACCAAUCAACCGGUGGCCUUCACAUCUUUGUUAUGGCUGCUGAGAUCAUAUACCUGCUUUUCAUCCUUUAUUACAUGUUCCUGCAGGGCAAAUUAAUGAAGCAGCAGCGAUGGGCUUACUUCAAGAGCAAGUGGAACCUCCUUGAGCUGACUAUCAUCUUACUGAGCUGGAGCACCGUGGCUGUGUUCAUACAAAGGACCCUGCUUGGGAACCGCGAUAUGACCUACUACCAAAAUCACAAAGACCAAUUUGCCAGUUUUUACGAGACAGCCACAGCAGACUCAGUGCUCCAGUAUCUGAUUGCCUUCCUCGUCCUGCUCGCCACCUUCAAACUGUGGCACUUGCUCAGACUGAACCCUAAGAUGAACAUGAUCACUGCUGCGCUGCAGCGGGCCUGGAGUGAUAUAUCUGGUUUCCUUGUAAUCAUUGUGAUCAUGCUCGUGGCGUAUUCAGUUGCAUCCAAUGUGAUUUAUGGCUGGAGGAUUUCCACAUAUAGAACGUUUACAGAUGCUCUCCUGACAAUCAUCAGUUUGCAAGUAGGCAUCUUUAAUUAUGACGAGGUCCUGGACAGUACCCCUGUGCUUGGUGGAUUACUCUUUGGUUCCUGUGUUGUGUUCAUGACAUUUGUGGUGCUUAAUCUCCUCCUCUCAGUGAUCCUCGUGGCAUUCAACCAGGAGCAAAUAUAUCACAAGCCCUCAGACGAGGAGGAGAUUGUUGACCUGAUGCUGAAGAAAAUCUGCAGUCUUUUUGGGAUCAGAUAUAAAGACACAAACGACAACAGGGGGCCAGAUGUGAAUGUGGCCAGUGGCUUGACCCUUAAUAACAGCAAGAAUAUCCUUAAUAAUUCCUCAAUCGAUGUAAAUAUUUAUCAGAAAUCUGACGACUGAAAAUCUCUAGGAGCUUAGCUUUAUUUUGUUGAGUUUCAUAUGAGUGUUUAGAAUAUUUUGCAUGCAGUAUAUCCACAUGCUCAUUUGUAAUAUUCGUUCGUCUUUACUUGUUUCCUGCUCGCAUGGUGUGCUACUGUGUGAAUGUGGUGUGAUGGAUGAUUAUGACAUCCACAAUUACACUGCACAUUGUUGGUGUGAAUCUGACAGGGUGUUUAUUCAGGCAAAGUUUAUUUUAUUCACAGCAAUGCUUUGCUUCAAUUAACCUCACUCAGGAUGCAUAAGGAGAAUGUCAUAUACUUCAAUAUAUAUUCAUCAAAUGAAUUGGCUAAGUUGUGGGUCCUAAUUUGUUAUCAAGAGGUGAGACAAUUGGUGUGGAAUAUAACUCAUGUUUAUUGCAUAUAAGUUAACAGCAGAAAUUGUCAAACAAAUUCAAAACACAUAAAUGGAUAAAAGCUUAAAGAGUUUUUUUUUUUUUUUUUUAAAAGGUAUUAUAUUGAC